AUUUCGAUAUUUGGGCAAAAAGUAUCGUUAUAUUUAGGUUUUGAAACACGCCAGACAUAGUGGGAAAAUCUAAAUUGGCAACACUGGUUCCGAAUGUAUCGAUUUUAGUCCUCGCAUUAAUGUUGCACUUAGUAUCUGUACUGCUGCUUCAAGGGCGUUCUAUGUUUGCGUGUGUGUAGACUCAGGGUGGACCUCAACCAGCGUCUAUUUGGGUGGACUAUGAGCAAUCAAAAUGUGAUGAAUUAUCGAUGAAUAUCAAUCGAAUUUAAAUUACAAAUUUCAAAAGCCAUGAAUGUUGCGGCGCGAAGCAGCCUUUGGCGCAUGGCCAAACGGGAGAGUGAGGUGGCCAAUCCAUCGCAAUCGAUGGAUGAUUAUGACGAUACCACGUUUGAGCCCAGUUACCAAGACGUUCCGAACAGGACAAGCCAUAAAUCUGCUGAAGCAAAGGAGGGCUUGUCCAAGGAUUUGAACAAAAACAUCGGCCUUAGUCAGACUCAGUUCAAUGAGCUCUCGCUGGCUCUUAGCUCUGAAAAUGGAAGCAUUUCCCGACUGGAGCAGAGAAUGGAUAAGAUGGAAACGCAGCUUGUCAAGCUGAUCGACACAAGUACCAAAAUAAUGACAACGGUGAAGAAGCUGAUUGACCGUCGAGCGCCACCGAAAACCGAUUUUCCCUGCAAGAGCAUCGCGGAACUCGAUGGCAUCGAUGCAAAGGUAGCCGCAGAUCCACCUAAAUAUAUUGAAAUGUUCCGGGCAAUGCUCGCACCUGAGGGCGUUUCAAAGAACUUGAAUAGAAUUCUGGCGACCUCGUUGUUGAUGGACAUGAACUAUGCAGGAAGUUGCUAUAAAACAGGCCUGACUACAUAUGUAAACCUAAACAAUGCGAUAUAUGAGUCACAGCAAGCUGAUGGAUACACCUUGGAGGACUAUGCCAAGGAUGUCCGCACAGCUUUUACGAAAAUAAAACAAAGAGUAUAUAAGGCUAAAAGCAAAAGCAAAAUGCAACGAAGAGAGGAAAUGGGUCUAGACUGUGAUGCGGAUACCACUGAUAAAAUGGACUCGACGUCGUAGAAUUUAAAUUAGAUGUAUCUUCUUAAUUUUGUUAAAGUAUAUGCUAACCCACUAAACAGUGCUGGCAUGAUAUAUGUGUAAAAAAUCUUAAAGGCCUAGUUUAUUGGUUUAAAAUUUUAACUUUAAAUAUACAUAUUAGUCUCAGUA